UAGGAAGAGUAACAGAGAGAGAAAGCGUGAGAGCGUGCUUCAGUUUCCUGUGCAGAGGCUGAGAGGCAGUAACAGUGUUGAGCUCCUCACCUGUGACGUCUCCUCGCUCAUCUACCUGAUGAAACCCAGCAGGGACGGCUAGAAGAACUCACAGAAGAAGCACAAAGAGGCUGGGAAAUCCCCGAGGGACUCCGCACAGGAGCAGAGGCCGCUGAGAGCGCGUGGAGACGUUAUGCUGCAGACCAUUUAUGAAUCUGACUCCAGCAUCAGCGCAGAGUGGAGGAGGAGACGCCUGGACUCUCACAGCACAGCCAUCGCUACAGAUUCAGAGGUGUUGUCUGCGGUGGGCAGCACGUCUGGGGUCAGCAUGCUGGACAGGGACCGUGAUUCAGACGAAUGGGAGAAGCAGUUACAGCGCGAGCUGCUUCUGAUCCAGAGACAGCAGCAGAUCCAGAAACAGCUGCUCAUCUCCGAGUUCCAGAAACAGCAUCAGAACCUGCUGAGACAACAUCAGGCCCAGCUCGAGGAGCACAUCAAGCUCCAGCAGGCUCUGUUAACUCUCCGGCAGCAGCAGGAGGUGUUCGCUGAGGAGCGUCGGCUGGUGGCUGAGGAGGAGAGAGAGGAGGUGCAGGAGGACGAGAAGGAGCUUCACAGGAGGGAGACACAGAAACACCAGCACCACAGGAGGAAGGAGAGAUCUAAAGAGAGUGCGAUGGCGAGCACUGAAGUUCGUCAGAAGCUGCACGACUUUCUGAUGAGUAAAUCAGCUAAAGACCCGUCAGCGUCCGGCGCCGGUUACCCUCUCAACCGCUCCAAACUGUGGUACAGCUCCGCCCACCCGGGUCCUGCAGAGCAGAGCUCGCCUCCUCUAGGAGAGACUCCGCCCACCUUCAAAUACCCUCUGACCUCCGGCCUGGACUACAGAGAGGACUUCCCUCUCAGGAAGACUGCGUCUGAGCCCAAUCUGAAGGUGCGGUCCAGACUCAAGCAGAAGGUUUCUGAGAGACGAAGCGGACCGAUACGCCGCAGAGACGGCAGCAUCCUCGUUACGCCGCCGAAAAAACGAACUCUCGAGCUAACAGAUUCUUCAGCCAAUGAGAGCCCUGCAGGUUCUGGACCGAGCUCACCCAUUGGCUUGUGCAACAAUGAGAACGGCGGCGCGUCAUACCGGUCCAGCACCACUCAAAUCGAGGUACCAAAUACGCUCAUCUCUCUUCUAC